GCAAGUCUCUCCGCACUGACUUCUUGUCCGCAGUUAAGUUCUAACAAAACUGUCUCCGUCGCUGUCCUUCUGUGUCUCUCCUCCUCCUCCUCCUCCCUUUUAUUGAAAAGAACUGCAGUAAGUUCAGCAAGUGAAAAUGGGGGAAGAAACAUGUGAAGAUUGCAGAGGCUGGGAAGAGGAACUAUACUGGACUCAUUUCCAGUGCACCCAUUUUUUUCAAAUUCUCAGUGCUGGUUCUGAUCAUCAGCUUCCGAUCCCUGAAAAAUUUUCUAAUCAUUUGAAGAACAAACUGCUUGAAAACGUGACUCUUAAAGGUCCUAGUGGCAGCACAUGGCAAGUUGAACUGACUACAGAUGAUAACACCAUGUUUUUCAAACAUGGUUGGGAAGAAUUUGUAAAGGACCAUUUUCUGGAGGAAAAGGAUUUGUUGAUCUUUAAGUACAAUGGGGAGUCAUAUUUUGACGUUCUAAUUUUUGAUGGACAAAGCUUCUGUGAGAAAGCAGCAUCGUAUUUUGUCAGAAAAUGUGGGCACCGAGAAGGCGACAGUUUUGUCCAAACAAAGAGGAAAGCUGUAGAAGAUUCUGUUGAAGUUACUAAUGCCUGCCCCCAUAAUGGUCUUGGAGGCACUCCAGAGAAAUCUGCAGAUGGUUAUAUUUACGAAACACCUGUAAGAAACAGUGUGGUCGCAAAAGCUAUUAACAAAAAGACUCGGAGGGAAAUCAAGUUUAGUAAGCCUAUCCAAACUAGGAAGAGAGUGAGAUAUGAAGGACCUUCUUCUACUGCCGAGGAAAUAGAAACCAAACCUGAUGUCCAGCAUAUACCUAUCGGCACGGCAUAUGUAUCAAGUAGAAGGAUGGUAACAGAGCAAGACAAACUCAAUGCAUUGCGGUUAGCACAAACAGCACAAACCAAUGAGGGCUUCGUCGUGGUUAUGAAACCCACACAUGUAUACAGGAAAUUUUACAUGGUAAUCCCUUCAGCAUGGUCAACUAGACAUUUCAGAACCCUGGAAAAAAAAGUUGUGAUUCUUCGUGUGAAAGAAAAUAUAUGGAACACCAACUUCUUAUAUUAUAAAUCCAAGAACAGUGGAGGUCUUUCUUCUGGGUGGAAGAGUUUUGCUCUGGAUAACAAUUUACAGGAGUUCGAUGUGUGCCUCUUCGAACCUAGUGGCACAAUGAACUACUCUUUUGUCUUGGAUGUUAAUAUCUUUCGUGUUCUCUAGCAAACUUGUCUUCUGCGGAUCAUCAGGGGAUGAAGCUAACUCACACCUGUUAUCUGGGAAUGAAAACUACUCAAAUCUUGUUUCAAUUGAGUUGUUGACCGAUGUAGAGUUUUAACUAAGCUUCGUAGUAUUGUAAACUAUAACAACUGGUGACUCGUGUUCAAGUUUAGUGUAAGGUUGGCUAUUAGAACUCAUAUUGCUGGUUUUCCAUGA